UAUGUAUAUAUAACGACGAGUAGAGUAUUAUUUAGGACAAGACGAAUAUAGCCCAGGUGGGAUUUGGCAAUUGAUUAAUUAAUGAGGAAAAUGAGUUAUGUUAGCGGGGAGUGAAGGGCAUAAGGAUAAUUUCACAUAGUUGGAAAGAAACGAGGCUAUAAAGGGUGGUGGCGAGGUGGUGUUAAUUAACGAACAUAAAAGAGAGUAAGAGCUAGCAGGUAUGGGUUUGGAAGGGAGUGAUACGUGGUCGUUUAUGAGGGAUUUUCUAGAUAAGUGUGGAAGUGGUGGGUGUGCCGUCGUCGAUGGUGGGUUCGCGACUGAGCUUGAACGUCAUGGUGCGGACCUCAACGACCCACUUUGGAGUGCCAAAUGCCUUAUAAGCUCCCCCCAUUUAGUCCGAAGGGUUCAUCUAGAUUACCUUGAUGCAGGAGCAAACAUAAUAAUAACAGCAUCUUACCAGGCAACCCUGCAGGGUUUUGAGGCGAAAGGAGUGUCUAGAGAAGAAGGUGAAGGCUUGCUUCGAAGGAGCGUAGAACUUGCACGAGAGGCUCGACAGGUUUAUUACGACAGAUGCACCAAAGAUUCUUGUGAUUUUCUCAGUGAUGAUCGAUAUUGGAAACGUCCUAUUCUAGUGGCUGCUUCAGUUGGAAGCUAUGGUGCAUAUUUAGCUGAUGGAUCUGAAUAUAGAGGGGACUAUCGAGACGAAGUAACUGUGGAGACACUAACAUGGUUCUCUUUUAGCUGCAAAGACGAGACCCAUGUGGUUAAUGGUGAUCCCAUUCAGGACUGUGCUUCUAUUGCUGACUCAUGCUCACAAGUCGUUGCAGUUGGAGUCAACUGUACGGCUCCCAGAUUUAUUCAUGGUUUGAUUUCAUCUAUUAAAAAGGGUACAAGUAAACCUAUAAUUGUGUAUCCCAACAGUGGAGAGACUUAUAUUGCUGAGACCAACCAAUGGGAGAAAUCAAGUGGGGUGGCGGAGGAUGUCCCAAUACUAUUAGAGGCAUUUCUCAUGCAAUUCGCACAAAAUAACUUCAACCACAAUGAAUUGUUAGCCUGUUAGCUAGGGGUGGCAAUAUGUACCCUACCCGUGGGUAUCCAAUCCAACCCCACCCGAUCGGGUAGGGUUGCCAACUCGAUCCGCAGCGGGUAAGGUAGAGUGCGGGUAGGGUUCUCGUGCGGGUCGAGUAGGGUGCGAAUUGAGUCUCAACCCUACUCGACCAAUCUGCACUCUAUAUAUGUUUAUGUUAUAUACUUAUAUAAAAGUAUGUUUUAAGUGAAUGUUGAAUCAAA